AUGACGGACAUUGUGGGAUCCUUGGCUUCCUCUGCCCUGCUCAACUGGGACACCGAAGAUGGCCUCAGUCUUGCCCUAGCUCGCGAGGCCGAUCAUGACAACCACGUCUUUGCCUCCACGCUCUCUGGCAGCUCAGAUAGUCGCCUGGCCGACAACACCACUACGCUUCUUGAGCCCACCCUCGUGAACUUGGCAAAGGACCUGCCUUGGGGCAGUGACCUCUUUGAUGAGCUGCCAACUACCAGCAACAGCAGCAGCUGCACCACAUCAACAAACGCUCAAGCCGACUGGGCUUCCCCCUUUGUUGAUGGUCUCUGCUUUCCUUCCUUCAAGAUGCCUUCCAAUCAAGCGCCCUCAAAGCUGCCCGCCACAAUCGACCACGAGAGUCACACGUUGCAACCGAGUCCGCUUGCUGCUACCGCGACCUCAACUUCCUUGGGACACGGUGCCUCACCCGCCUCCACCAUCAGCCUGGAUCCCGAAGAGGAGAGUGCUGCCCAACCCCCAGCCAAACGCACGUGUCGCACUCGGGCGGCAGACAUCUACGCUCCAGGUAGCAACAUCACGCCCCACCUGACCAAGCGCGAUCUCCCCCCUUCCAUUCCCCACGAUGGCGAUUGGCCUGCCCUUUCCGUGGAACAGCUCUUGGCACAGACUACCUCCAACAUGGAUCACAUCCCUUCCGACGUGCUUCUCUCUCUCCAAGAAGAACUCCAAUCGCUGGACAACACAGCUAGUGCUAGCUUGCUUCCCACCCCUGAUGCUUGGCCUGCUUUGCCCGCGAGCUCGACAACUCGCACCCCCACCUCCAGUUCAACCAGGCCCACUCACACGUCCCAUGACAUCCGUACCACAAUCCAACCGUGCGUCAUGACAGCCGAGGACAUUCUGGAGCCCGUGGUACCCGAGUGCCCACCACCCAAACCAUAUGUCAGUGGACCCAUCACCGAAGAGCACGUGGCCACCUACAGUCUGCACCUUUCCUACACAGUUGGCUUUCAAGACGGCGAUGACUUUGAGGAGGAGAGCACCGGUCGAGGCAGCAAGAACAGUGCAGCCAACAGCCUCAAAGGUCGACGUGAGCAAGCCGUUAUCGACUAUUUUAAGAUGCCGCGUGGUGCCGAUGGCUCGGCUGCCAGCGAGGCUAAUCGCCGCAUGGUCAUGAACAUUCUGGAAAGAGCUCGUCGCGAGGAUUUGAAACGCUGCUUUGCCCGCCUUGCAUCCGUGCUGCCUCAACUGCGUGACAAGCCUGAUCCAGCGAAGAAGGACGUGCUGCAGCAGGCCCGUGAGCAAAUUGUGCAACUUCAAGCCGUCGAGCAAGAGUACCUUCGUCAUCUCAACGAACUUCGUCAGCAGCACCGCACACUCACGCAAGCCAUCGCCCACUGA